GUCGUCACCCACAUGAUAGUAUUUAACGGGGUGAGGAACAACGACUUACUCAGUGAGCUAGGAGAGGCACUACACACAGCACCUCCACCAGUCGUUGUCUCACACACCUCCCAAUACAAUCAUUUCGAAGUUUUUCCAGACAGAAAGGAGCCAGGAUGAAAGAAUCACACGGUGGGCUGCCUCUCUACAUGCGUCAGACUAAGGCCAUCAUUAACUUCUCUACUCAGGUCUUUGAGUUUGCAUCUCAAACUCUUGGCUACCGCGACCCCUGCGUCACCACUGACUCUUGCCCGGGGCGUGAACGCCAGAAGGAUGAAGAGUCUGGUCUUAACAUCAUCUCUCUGAGCGAAGUUGCCAGUCAUGAUACCUACAACGAUUGCUGGAUCGUUCUCUACGAUAAGGUGUUCGAUGUGACAAAGUUCCUGUUGGAGCACCCGGGUGGUGAGGACGUUAUCAUGGAAUACGCUGGAAGGGACGCAACCAUCGCUUUCCGAGGUGUGGGCCACUCAGUACCAGCACUCCAGGCGCUGGACGAGUACUUGGAAGGAAUCCUGCCGGAGAAGGAGCGAAUAUUUAGCGGGGAUGGACCUUGUCAGUGGAGCACGUUAUAGUUCCAGUGUGGACAGCUGCGACACAACCUAGUGGUGACUCCACGGCGAGCCCCCAGCACUAGUGAAGACUCCCUGAUAACCUCUCAGCCCCCGUGUAGACCCUCUGGUGACGUCUCAGCUCUGGUGGAGACAUCGCAGCUGGUCUAGUUCUCACCUAACAAUGAUAACACGUGCAGUGCCUCCUUGCCGCGCAUAUCAUCUUCAUUCUUAGGAGUGAAAUUAAUUUAUUUCUUCGUCUCAUUCUUCACAGCCAAUUAAAUUCUCCAUGCCUCAAUUUCCUAUCCAGAACUAGAAAGCAGGUAGCUACAGUGAAGUAACUUAGUGUCAGAUAACGUUGCUACUCACAGUAAGGGCAUCAAUUUGUCUCAUGAUCCCCACUGUCACAUCGUUGACAUGUUGUGCAGUACAGUGUUGCAAGCGAUGGUUCACAUCAUCAGACUUAAGCUUCAAGCCAGCUUAUAGUACCUGAUACUUGAGUCAUUCUUAUGUCAUCCCCUCUCUCCAUAACAUUCUCAUGAUGUCGUCACCUCUCACCAUAACAUUCUCAUGAUAUCAUCACCGCUCAGAACAUUUUUAAAUGUUUUUUUUUAUUAACAAAAUCAUGUCACGUGUAUAAAUGUGAAUAAAUUAUAUAUAUAUAAAAGACUA